AUGUACCCGUUAGGCCAGAAACUCCAGGAAAGAUUGCUGAAUCCAGUGCCACGCAGCAGACGUGCGUCAGCAAGCGCGUCCACAAGCAACAAAGAGCGAACUCACCGGGUAGACAACCCCACCGGAACCGCUACUCGAGACCCACAGCCAAAGGCCCGCCCAUUGAGUGUGCCUUUGUUUAGUCAAGGUUCGGAUACAUACGCAUAUGCUAAGUUCCGCCCUCUAACGAGACCAUUAGGAGACUUGGCACAUCGUCCAUCUGGUGCCACUAGCUUACGCUGGAGUUCAAGCAGUCUAAAGACUGCUCAGUCUGUCGCCGAUGGCUACACCAAGGAAGUCAGAGAUUUCAACAUUGCUAGGGGAACAACAGAGAAGAUAGAGCAAAGAAAAGACUCAUUCGUCAAGCAACGGCAUGCGCAGCCCGAUUCUGGCACCUUUACAGCAGUCGUGUUGGCUCAAAGAUGGUUGGGAAGAUUACGACUCCAAGAUCCUCACCCAAUGACCAGGAAGCUUCAGCAAGCUUCACAAACCUCCUAUCGCCAACAGAAGUUUAUACCAGAGUCGCAAAUCCGAGAUAUCGUGCGAGAUGAAGUUAUCCAAGCUGAACUCUCCAAGUCAAACAAGUCCAUUGGCAAGCCGUCCAGAAUGUUGAAAGCUCCAGUCGUUUCCAAGAAUUACGAGUCAUACAGGAAGAUACUUGCAAUACUAUAUCUCAUGAAACGACCUUCUAAGAUCCGACUGUUUGUCAAGGCCGGGCUUUGCGAUGACCAACUUCCCUUUAAAAAGGCUCAGCACCUGGGUAGAUUUGAUCGGUCAGCUACAUUGACUAGUCGAAACACACCUGGUUCUCCCAACAUAAAGUUCACAAGACCAGAAGAUGCCGAUGAGUUUCUGGACCGACAGUGGUCAGUACUUGCGCCUGUUUUUUUCGGAUCCGAUGGGAUUGUUCCACAUGACGACUUCGAGUGUGAAUCGAUCUUACCAUUCCUCCCGGAAACAACUAUCGCGAAAGAGGGGGGCUCUAGCAAGGUAUUUAAAGCCAAGAUCCAUCCUGACCAUCAUAACUUAUGUCAACCGAAAGGUGGCCUCAACAUUUAUGCAGUCAAGACAUUGAAGUCAAAAGAUGACAGAGCCUUUCGCCAGGAGGUUGCUGUUCUGAGAAGACUCAGUGCCGGCAAGCAUGCUCAUGCUCACCUCAUCACUUUACUAGCCACCUAUAAGCAAGGCGCAGCAUACCAUUUUAUUUUCCCAUGGGCCGAUGCCGAUCUUUUCGAUUAUUGGAAGCGACGUCAAGAGGCGCCCCCAGAACAUGACCAGACAGGUGCAUGGGUAAUAGAGCAAUGUCGAGGGCUUGCAGAUGGACUCAACAGCGUCCAUCGUUAUGCGACAUUCUCCGGGACGUCUAUCCUUGACGCUUUCAAACUUUCCAGCAGGACUGAGACAGAUAGACACCAAGCCACCUACACUGGUAGUGCAGAUGCCGAUCGUUCGACCAGGAAUCUGUUUGGCCGUCAUGGUGAUCUGAAACCACAGAAUAUCCUCUGGUAUCCAGAUUCCCAGACUACGGGUGGUCAUGGAGUCCUGAAAAUUACCGACUUUGGAGUGACUCGGUUCAAUACAGAGAACAUGUGGGAUACCCAGAAAACUGGUAAAUUGCCGAAUUCGCCUACCUAUCGGUCACCAGAGAGUGAUCUUGACGGCAAGCUUACUACUGCUUGCGAUGUUUGGGCCCUCGGAUGCGUAUACCUGGAAUUUGUUGCUUGGUAUUUUGGUGGUUACAGACUAGUCCAAAGGUUUGGCGAGCAGCGGUUGGCACCUGAUCCUCGUAUGGCGAACAUGCGAACAGACACUUUCUUCACGAUAGUCGAGAGAGACGGGGAGAAAACAGCCGACGUGAAGCCAGCGGUCCUCAAGGUGAUUGAAGAGCUGCGGGAACAUCAUCGCUGCACAGGAGACUAUAGCAACUUUCUUGACAUGAUCAAGGAUGAUAUGCUAGUCACUCACUCACCAGAAGCGCCGGGUAGUGUAGAUGGGAGCUUGAUACUUCAGAAAUCAGUCAUCAAGCGCAAAGGAAGUGACCAACCGGACGAUAUCAAACCGACGGUCUCGCUAGAUUCGGCCCUUCUGUCAAGCACCAUGACUUUCACCGUCCUCUCCGACGCUGACGUUCAGACCCUCCUUCACAACAUCUCUCAAUCUGAUGUCCAAGAAUUAGCGUCUGCUCUCAACCAAGCUCUUAUCCAAUACUCUUGCAACGAUGAACUUCCUUACCAACCACACCGCGCCAACGUUACUCGACCAAAUGGUCAAGUCAGCCUCUUCAUGCCCGCAACGACACCAUCAUCUAUCGGCGUAAAGAUAGUCGGUGUCGCACCGUCUCAGACGCCUCCGCCUGGAGAGAAGCCCAAGCCUGCAUUGCGAAGUGUCCUUACCAUUUGCGAUGAGCUGGGUCAGGCUGUAGGCGUGUUAAACGCAGCUGAGUUGACGGCAUUUAGGACGUCGCUGGGUAGUAUGUUGUUGUAUCGGUACCGGAAGAAGACAGAAAACAUCAUUGUAUUUGGAGCGGGGAAGCAGGCGGAGUGGCACAUACGCCUUGCUAUUCUUUUUAAAGGGGACGACAUCCGAAAGAUCACGAUUGUGAACCGAUCCACUGCAAGAGCAAAGGACCUAGUAGACUCACUCACACAGUCGAAAGUGGGGUCCCAUAUCAAGAUGGAAGUUUUUGAAGAGAAGGAGAAUGAUUUGGAAGACUUGAUUACCGAAGCAGAUGUCAUGUUUUGCACGACACCUAGCACAUCUCCCUUGUUCCCUGCCUCAUACCUUUUGUCCGACUCUGGUCUUAGUAAAUCCCGGUUCAUCUCCGCGAUCGGCUCCUAUCGUCUGGACAUGCAGGAGAUUGACCCCGAACUGCUUAAGCAUAUCUCCAACCCUUCAGGCCCUUUUGCGUCUCAAGUGCACCAGGGGUCUAUCACAGUCGAUAGUAUCAAGGGAUGCAUGGAUGAGGCUGGCGAGUUGGUGGCCGCUGGAUUGAAACCAGAACAGAUGCUCGAGGUGGGGAAGAUGGACGGGUUGAGAAAGGAUGAAGGUGUACAGAAGUGGCUUGAGGAAGGAUUUGUGGUAUAUAAGAGCGUUGGAGUAGGUAUCAUGGAUAUCGCAAUUGGGAAGUCAUUGAUGGAUUUAGCUGCGGAGAAGGGUGUGGGUGUCCAUCUGGAUAGCUUUUGA